AUGGCUAGCUUAUCCAAUAGUGCUGCGCCCGAAACGCCGGUUCAGCCAUGGCAUGCAGCCUAUCCAGCCCCGAAAUGCACAGCACCGGUGAUAUCCCGGGCAGAGGUGCUGAAAUGGAUGAAGGAGGGUAGGAAGGACUUUGUGCUUGUUGAUUUGCGACGCGCGGAUUUUGAGGGUGGUACCAUCCGUGGAUCAUUGAAUCUACCGGCCCAGAGUCUAUAUCCUUCGCUACCGAGUCUGUAUUCCGUUCUUUCGGGUAGCAAUGUCAAACAAGUCAUUUGGUACUGUGGCUCAUGCGGAGGACGCGGGACUCGGGCGGCCGCGUGGUUUGCGGAUUACAUUGAGAGUCAACAAGAUACAGACCUAGCAAGCUUUGCUCUUGAGGGGGGUAUCAAGGGCUGGGUUGCGUCUGGAAGUGACUAUACCGCAUUGAUGGAUGGGUACGAUGCUAGUCAUUGGGCGAGCAAGUAG